AUGGUGAGCCCGGCCAUGCUAAAGGGCAUGAACACCGAGGUGUACGGUGAAGGUCAUCCCUUUGGCGAUCCGUCGUGGUACCAGGCGUACAACACGCCCUAUUACAACGACAGCCACAAGCAGUUCCGCAAGUUGAUGCGAGAGUAUGUCGACGAACAUGUCAUGUCCAACGUGCAUGACUGGGACGAGAAGGGUGUCAUUCCCAAGGAGAUGUAUCUGGAAGCCGGAAAGCAGGGGACCUUGGCCUUGUGCAUCGGACGGCCUUGGCCAGAGAAGUACUACGGCAAGGCCCCAUGGGGCUUCGAGCCGGACUAUUUCCACGAGCUGAUCAUGUACGACGAGAUGUCGCGUACCGGCUCAGUUGGCUUUCAAUGGGGCAUCGCCGGAGGCACGACCAUUGGCCUACCGCCGGUGUACCACCACGGCAGCGAGGAGUUAAAGCAGCGGGUGAUGCCUCCAUGCGUGAAGGGUGAGAAGGUCUGCUGCCUUGCCAUCACCGAGCCUACCGCCGGCAGUGAUGUGGCCAACUUGAAGUGCAGCGCCAAGCUGGAGGGCGACCACUACAUUCUCAAUGGCGAGAAGAAGUGGAUCACCAACGGCAUCUUCGCCGACUACUUCACUGUGGCGUGCCGCACCGGAAAGCCUGGUGUAGGUGGCAUCAGCUUGCUGCUUGUGGAGAAGGACAUGCCUGGUGUGGAGACGAGGAAGAUGAAGUGCUCCGGUGCAUGGUCUUCCGGCACCACCUACAUCACCUUUGACGAUGUCAAGGUGCCAAAGGGAAACCUGCUCGGCAAGGAGGGCAAGGGCUUCCAGUACAUGAUGCAGAACUUCAACCACGAGCGUUUCGCCUUCUGCGCUAUGAGCACGCGCUUCGCUAGGGUUUGCUUGGAAGACUCUUUGAAGUUCGCCGGCAAGCGCAAGACCUUCGGCAAGACUCUCAUCCAGCACCCCGUGAUUCGGUGGAAGGUGGCGGAAAUGGCCCGCCAAAUCGAAGCGACCCACAACUGGCUGGAGUGGAUCACCUUCCAGCUGAACACCAUGCCUAAGCUUGAGGCCAUGCUGAAGCUCGGAGGGCAUACGGCUCUGUGCAAGGUGCAGUGCACCAAGGUCAUGGAAUACUGCGCACGAGAGGCCGCCCAAAUCUUCGGAGGCUUGUCCUACUCGCGGGGUGGUCAAGGAGAGAAGGUCGAACGAUUGAACCGAGAAGUCCGAGCCAUGGCGAUUCCGGGAGGCUCCGAGGAGAUCAUGCUCGACCUUGGCGUGAAGCAGUCGACGAAGCUCGCCCAGAUGGCAAAGAUGUUCGCUGAAUCCGCACCCCAGCCGGCCGCUGCCAAGCUCUAG